AAAAAGGAAGCAAAGAAAGAACAGAAUAUGUGAAUAUAUACAGUUUUGCCAAUCAAAUACAAUUCCCAAUUCCACUUUUCUCGUCAAGUAUUUUUUUCAUCACUUUUCUAAUUUUCUCUUUUUCCCCUAUUUCCUAUCUUAGUUGAAUCAGUUUAAACAUCUACAGUUUUCACCAACAAAAAGCAUUUUGAAUCAAAACCAGUCAAAAUUCAGGCCGCUCUACUUGACAGGGAACGCAAGUGGUGCUGCAUGAUUGAAAUGGCUCGAUGGCUCUUUAUUUCUACAUCCCAUUUGAAUGCAAUUCAUCACAUUUGUGCCUCUCAUUUUUGUCCUAAUGCAGCUUUUUAAUUUAUACAGCCGGACGGUUUAUUUGAAUUGUUAAUUACGCUCUUUCAUCGAUAACAAUCUAAUCUUGCAAUGGACAAGACAUCAUCAUCCCAGCCGCCAAAUUUCUUUUUUGUAAGCCCGACAACUUCUUGACGCUCAUUCAAUAAAACUGGGAAAAAACCUAUCGUUAAUUUAUUAUUUUUUAAUGUAGUAAUUUCCUUUAUUUUUUGAGUUUUACCUCAUUCUUGCAAUUCAGCAAUGAACUUUUCUUCGGAAGAUUAUCAGUUUUGCGAAGCUGUUCCUCAAACAGUAUCGAAGGUGAUUUGGGAAACGAUUUUCGGGAGUGGAUUUUUGGGCUUCCUUCUCAACGUUACUAUAUGUCUCAGCUAUCACAAGUCUAAAAACGUUCUUAGACUGUCAAUCACCGACUAUUUCAUAGUGUCACUGGCUAUGGCUGAUUCAGUUUUCAGCGUUUCCGUUGUGAUCAGCGGAGCACUGGAAAAAAUCUUCCCUGGAGUUCUGUACAACAACUGUGCGGCAUUCAAGACAACUGCAGUCCUUCACGCUUUCCAGCAGUUUUUGUCUUGGCUGCUCUAUUUCAACAUUACGCUGGAACGAUUUUUCAUGAUAUGCAAGCCUGUGGUUCAUGAAUAUAUCUACAACAAGGACAAAGUUCGCAAGAUCAUAAGCGGAACAGCUCUGUUCACGUGUCUUCUAGCAGCUCCGGCCAUUGCCGCCAACUGCAGCGAAGCCCGAGACCCUAUGUUCGCCUAUUACGUCAUCGUUCGAAACUCUCUCGCGCUGCUCAAUAUUUUUGCGAUGGUCCUCACAUAUCACAAAAUAUCAAGAAGGCUACGAACCCUUUACAUGCGUCGCGUGCAGUCUUUGAAUGCCGCAGUGUCAGCCAAAAUGCGUGAUGACACCGUUGAGUUUUCCGGCCAGCACUUUUCCUGUCGAGACACGACUGGGUCGGCCAAUUCAAGAAGUUUGAAGCAGGUUGCUUUGUACGAAAGCCAUUCUGGGAGCGAAGAAAAAAUUAUUGCAGAUGAUCUGAAAGUUAUUGACGAUGAUAACUUGGUCCCAAAUAGCAUCAACCCUUCAAUCAGAUCUUCUAGAACCGAAAUUGAUUCGAAAACAGGAAUCAAGGUCAGUUUGAUACCCAGAAGGGAAAUUGCAAAGGGAAAACUGCGCAAAACCCACGUGAACAACCUGACAAAAACUCUUCCCAGUUACAUAGUUGCCUGUACUCGGCGAAAGAGAGAAAAACGAAUGACGAAAAUCAUGUUCACGGCAACAGCUUGUUUCACAGUUCUAGUUUUACCCCAAUGUAUCAAAAGCGCAAUGGAAAUUAUUUGGCACGAAAACUGGAAAGGAAACUGCUUUGCAUGGGCCGAGCACAUUUCGGUUUUUCUAUUCAACCUCCACUUUUUGACAAACUUUUUUGUUUACUUUUUGGUAAAUUCAGCAUUUAGAAAACGACUGAAAACGUUCGUAACUUGUUCACAGCCGAACUCAAAUGAAAAUAGAGGUCGAUUUAUUGAAACUGUAAAUUGAGUUGUUUUAUUCAAAUCAUUAAAUGUUCCCACCAUUCACAAAACUUUUCUAAUUAUUAAAAAACCGGGAUU